GUUGUUGUAUGUGUACUGUGCGAGGGCGCUCGUGAGUGACACGGAUCCAACUCAUCUGUUACUGCUAAGAAAUCGACUAACUGGUUUAGCUAACGUCCGAAUGUACAUUUCGGGAUCAAGAUGAACAGAACAACUGUUGAUCCGUGUGUUUUUUUUCGUUAGGAAAUGGUGGAGAAUAUCUGAUCAUGUGCCGUCAUUGUGUCAUGAGGAAACUAAGAUAGGUAGGAGAGAACGGCGCUUAGCUAACCUAGCUAGCUAGCAUUAGGUUAGCUAACCUUGCGUCGUGAGUGGCUAGAUAAACGUUAAAGAAAGCAAGGACGAAACAAUGCGAAAUCGAUGUCAACUAAUGAAACAGUGGAAGGUUUACUUUGCCAUUGUCAAGACUACCGGUUUCCAACAGCAGAUGGAAUUUUUUACUGCAUUGCCAGAGCUGAGAAGCUUUCGUCUAAGAUAUCUUGUCUGUUAGCUAGCUAGCGAGAGCUAAAAAUAAAGACUUCUCCCAAGAUGCUUUCUAGAACGUUAACCUAGUUAAGGGGUUAACCAUACCCUACAUCGCCUGAGAUCAUGUUUGUCUUCUGAGAACACGGCCGUUUGAUAAUAGGAAACUAAGGUCUGUUGCCAGCUAGCUUGCCACACAACGGUGACUUUUUCACUUUUGCCAAGCACGUUUAAAGGUAUCGGGUGCAAGCAAGUGUAGCUAAUAGUUGAUCUUUAAGAUGAAACGGCUAGCUAUCUAGUAGCGCUGGUUUGAAAUCAAAUCGCUGUUUGCUUUUUUUGUUCUGAUUUGUCAAGUAGCCAGCUUGCUGUAUUGCUGCUUAUCACUAAGAAAAUUGCCUUCCGCUCAGUUUUGUUAAUCAGUGAAUGAGACAGGAUGUCGAACUGCUGGAGAUCUAGACGCGGAACGGUUUUUAGCUGUGGUUUUGAACCAGGCUUGUUUUCAUGUUUUGGAGUAUUGUUAUUAACAACGCAUGUUCUUUAUGGUGAAGCAAAUACGAAUACGAGUGUGGUAGUCCAAAAAGAUGCACAAUUUGAUAUCACCUACUUGGACACGGUGACGAGCGAGAACCAAACCAUCUAUGCAUUCAAUCACACUGUCUCCAAAAAUAAGACAGAAGGAGUACGUGUGUCAGUUGAAUUGUUGUCGGAGAGACCAAACGGUCCAGUUCUGUUCGUGGUCCGGCAGAAACAAGCCGUACUCUCCUUCCAGGUUCCGCUCAUUCUAAGAGGCCUUUAUCAGAGAAAGUACCAAUAUACGCAAGUGGGUCGUACCCUGUGCCAGCCCCCUACACUCGCUUUGUCCGAGAUGCAGUUUUUCUAUGUGGACGUGUCUACGCUAUCUACCUCUGGUGUUCACUACCAGCUGCGGGUCAGCCGGGUGGAGAGCUUCACACUGCAGACAGAUAAGAAAUUCACCUUUAAUGCUACUCCAUCCCAACCCCAGUUUUUUAAGUAUGUAUUUCCUGAUGGCGAGGACACAGUCAUUGUGAAAGUGAACUCUCAGAAGAAUUUCCCCUGCUCUGUCAUGUCCAUUCAGGAUAUUCAGUGCCCUGUAUAUGAUCUGGACAACAAUGUGGCCUUCAUUGGGAUGUACCAGACCAUGACUAAGACAGGAGCCAUUACAGUGCAGAGAAAAGAUUUCCCCAGCAAUAGUUUCUAUGUGGUUGUUGUGGUGAAGACAGAGGAUGAGGCAUGCGGUGGGCCUCUCAAGUUCUACUCCCUCUUACCUGAUGAACUGUUGGAUGCUGGGAAUCGCAGUAAGACUCUGGAUGUGGUUGUCUCUCCUGCCAUCAACUCAAACGUUUAUAUCAUGGGUGUGCUGUUUUGUCUCGGCAUCUUCCUGUCCUUCUACAUACUCACCUUCCUGGUAGCCUGCAUAGAGAACAAGAGGUUGCACAGAAAGAGGGCUGGACUUUUGAAGGCAGCUGACAUGUCACCAGCUGAGACAGCACCUCUCUUAGGCAAAGGUCUGUCUCCAGCCUCUCCGUAUGAAUACGGCUCUUUUGCUGAUAAUGGCAGCACAAUGAGCUCAGAACCUGUUACUGACAGUAUGGCAUCAGCUGAAACCAACGAUGGAUACAUGGAGCGACCCUUAGAUGUUGUGGGUCGCUGUCGGCAAGAGUCUCUAAGCUCUGUGGAAGAAGAUGACUACGAUACACUGGCUGAUAUCGACUCUGACAAAAACAUUGUCCGCACCAAGAAGUAUCUGUGUGUCUCUGACCUGGCUCGAAAAGACAAGCGUGUCCUAAAUAAGAAAUACCAGAUUUACUUCUGGAACAUUGCCACUAUUGCUGUGUUCUACGCCCUGCCUGUGAUCCAGCUGGUCAUCACAUAUCAGACGGUUGUCAAUGUGACAGGUAACCAAGACAUCUGCUACUACAACUUCCUGUGCGCCCAUCCUCUAGGGGCGCUGAGUUCCUUUAAUAACAUCCUGAGUAACCUUGGUUAUGUGAUGCUGGGACUGCUCUUCCUGCUCAUCGUUCUGCAGCGGGACAUCCUGCACAAUCGUGCACUCAUGCGCAAUGACACUCCCGCUCUUGAGUGUGGUAUCCCUAAGCACUUUGGCCUCUUCUAUGCGAUGGGCACUGCUCUGAUGAUGGAGGGGCUACUAAGCGCCUGCUACCACGUUUGCCCCAACUACACCAACUUCCAGUUCGAUACGAGCUUCAUGUAUAUGAUCGCGGGCCUGUGCAUGCUCAAACUCUACCAGAAGAGGCACCCGGACAUCAACGCCAGUGCCUACUCCGCAUAUGCCUGUCUUGCCGCAGUCAUCUUCUUCUCUGUGCUAGGAGUGGUCUUUGGGAAGGGUAACACAGCAUUUUGGGUUGUAUUCUCAGUCAUUCAUAUUGUGGCCACGAUGCUGCUGAGCACCCAGCUCUACUACGUUGGCCGCUGGAGGCUGGACUCUGGGAUCUUACGCAGGAUUCUGUAUGUGAUCUACACUGAUUGUAUACGGCAAUGCAGUGGGCCCAUGUAUAUAGAUCGUAUGGUGCUGCUUGUGAUGGGCAACAUUGUUAACUGGUCACUGGCUGCAUAUGGUCUCAUUAAAAGGCCCAAUGACUUUGCCUCGUACCUGCUGGCCAUUGCCAUCUGUAACCUGCUAUUAUACUUUGCCUUCUACAUUAUCAUGAAGUUGCGGAGUGGUGAGCGGGUCCUCUUUUUGGCACUGGUGUGUAUUCUCUUUACGGCCGUGGUUUGGGGCUUUGCCCUCUUCUUUUUCUUCCAGGGCCUCAGUACCUGGCAAAAAACUCCAGCUGAGUCCCGGGAGCACAAUCGUGACUGCAUCCUCCUCUCAUUCUUUGAUGAUCACGACAUCUGGCACUUCCUGUCAUCGAUUGCCAUGUUUGGCUCUUUCCUGGUACUCCUGACAAUGGAUGAUGACCUGGAUACCAUCCAGAGAGAGAAAAUCUACGUCUUCUAACUUCUCCUGCUUAAUGAUUGGACAAUACUGUAGCCUUUUUCCAAAUAAGAGGCCCUGCUGCCCUGGUCAGGCUCAGGCUCCCUGUAGAGUGAUACUGCUAGGACACUGAAUGUGCCAAUCAGAUUAUCCUGGUUCACUUUGCACUUGCUGGAGCUACUCUUGAUCUACUUGUCAGUGUUGUAAUGAUUGAGCUCUGUCUCUGUGACAUGCUUUUGGAAUGCUGGCAAAGACGAUGUUCAGUGCUUCUGUAAUUCAAAUGAGGAAAACUAAACCUGCCAUGCAUAUGUGAAAGCAUUUUGUACUUACUGAUUGUUUUGUGUUUUUUUUUUUUUCUUCACUAUUUUGUCUAAGGAUUCAUGUACUUUAGUGAACCUGUGGCUUCCCAUCUUUUGAUUUUCAGGACUGUGUGGUGUGAUUGCAGAGGGAAUGCCGUAGUUCAUAAUAGGAUACUUCACUAGGCCUUUGUGAUCAUGAUGGUGUACUGCGCUUUGCACAGAUGUAAAAUGAAAAGUGAAAUACUAGUUUUUAAUAACUGAUGGUUGAGGUUACUGAAUAAAGCAUUUGUAUGUAUUCUCAGUACUGUAAAUAGGUGUGUUAGGAUAUCCUGUACAUCAGUAAAAGAACAAUUACA